UGUUUUUAUUUCCGAUUUCUUUCGAAUUCGAAUUUUUAUUUCGGAUUUCGGCAUUUUUCAUCGAAUAUUUUUGGUCCAAUUUAAUGAAAUGAACAUAAAGUGGACGCGCUUUUAUUAAAAUAACGUAGUGAUUGAACUCGAGAAUGUCUGUUUCAGCACUGCGGUUUUGUACUUUGAACGAAAGUACUCUAGGAGAACCUGAGCAAGAUGCUAACUCGGCGUUGACCGAAUUGGAUAAAGGAUUACACUCGAAUAAGAUUGGUGAACAAUGCGAGGCCAUUGUACGUUUUCCGAAGCUAUUCGAAAAGUAUCCGUUUCCCAUAUUGAUCAACUCGUCAUUCUUGAAAUUGGCCGAGCAGUUUCGUGUUGGGAAUAAUUUUCUCAGAUUAUGGAUUGUUAAAGUUUGUCAACAAAGUGAAAAACAUUUCGAUAAAAUAAUCAACGUCGAUGAGUUUAUUCGUCGUGUUUUCAGUGUGAUUCAUUCAAACGAUCCGGUUGCUCGAGCUCUAACGCUUAGAACUCUCGGCAGUGUAGCUGGUAUUAUUCCUGAAAGACAAAAUGUACACCACAGUAUUAGAAGCUGUCUGGAUUCUCAUAACGCCGUCGAAGUCGAAGCGGCUAUUUUCGCCGCUGUUCAGUUCGCAGCUCAAUCUAGAUCAUUCGCCGUCAGCGUUUGUAACAAAAUAUCCGACAUGAUUCAAGGUCUUACCACACCGGUGCAUAUGAAAUUACAGCUCAUACCUAUAUUACAACACAUGCAUCACGAUACUGCGACUUCUGCGAUGGUUCGUACUCUGUGCAUAGAUUUACUGGCGAAAUAUCCCGCCCAAGAUUUCGUGUUGGUCACUUUGAAAACAUUAACUCAAUUGGCUGCAGCUACGCUGGUUGAUAUACCGGAGCAAGUUAAAUUAUUAGCCAGAUAUGUGGCCGAAGAACCUCGUUGGAUUAUACGUGUUGCAGCGGUCUCCGGCUUGUAUACGUUGGCCAAACGCGGCAGUCAUUAUUGGUCUGAAGAUUCAGUAGCUGAACUCAUUACCGUAGCAGGCUCGACAGACUCGGAGAAGCUGGUUGGAUAUAUUUUCGAUAUUAUUAUUAUUCUGACUCAGUCGCCGGCUGUUUGUCAUAUGUAUUACAAUCCUGAUUCGCCGUUGAUGGAACUUUGCUAUGAAACUUCGUUAUCGAAUAACCUUCAUAUUGCCGGAAAAGCUGUCAGAAUAAUAACUCAAAUGGCUUGCUACUGCUACACUGAGCAAUUAUUGAACAACUGCGACGACAAUGUGGACUGCGUUGAGUCGUAUCUACUUUUCUUAUCGUGCAGCGAUAACAACGAAGAAGUCCCAGAUGAAAUUUUAAAAUGUGCUUUACGAAAUGCGGUAUCGUUAUGUUACGCGAGGAGGCAGCUUUGCUCUCGUUUUGUCGGAUUGAUUGCGUCGAGUUUAUUGAAAAGUCCGAAAAACAAAAAUCUACUGCUGUGCCAAGCGUUGUGUGCGAUCGGGAAUUUAGAACCUGCGGCUGUACAUUCGCAUAUGCAAGAUAUCUUUUCAUUUCUGAAAAUGUCUACCAACAGUUCGGAAACUAAAUCCACUUUAUGUAGCUCGUUAUUUCAAAGCUCGGCUGGUUGCAAAGAAUCGGACGAAAUGCGAGACGCGAUCAGUACGGUUGUUUCGGACUCAAAUCUGUGGUCAUGCUAUAAAAUUGCUAGAUCGGCUGCGAGAUACGGCCAUUUCGGCGUUUGUCAACGUAUCUGCAGUAGUAUUCGCGAUCGAGUCAGCUCGGAGCAUCUUCAUUUCUGGCUUACCGGUUUGCAAGAAAUAAGCAUCGCCGAAGCUAAUCUACAAACUAAGAAUGGUAAAAAACUUUUCAACCGGAUCAGCAACAGUAUAACAAAUUAUUGUAAAGCUACAUCGUCGUUUAAGGCUGCAAGUACGCCGGCGUUUUCACUUUCAUUUCAAACGGAGUAUGCGAGGUUGAGAUGCGAAAUGCUGCAAAGCUUUUCUUUAUUGCUGGCUACCUGUAAUGUAUUCUGCUUAUCGCCACCACCGGCCAUCGCGUCAACCAUCAUUCAAAAUACUAGAGACGACUUGCAACGUUACGGACAAGUGACUAAUCAACUACGUAAACGUGCCAAAGAACUGAAAGCUUGCGCUGACUUGUAUUGGAAACUGUAUCAAUCAGCGUUCGAUGCUGAUCCGAACUCGUUAUUGAAUAUUAAAGCAUUGCAAUACAUGUGCACUUUCGUGGCGAAUAAUGUGGAACAAAUAGCAUUUUCCAACAGUCAAUUGGAAGAAAUUGUUUUAAACUCCGAAUUGCUGGAAGGUCCGCUGGAGAUUCAAUUAAUGGUUAAAAGUUGUAAAGCGGCGUACAAUAUGAAAAAGUCAUUAAACUUACCUGGCAAUGUUUUGACUCAUCAGCAUAUAAGCUGUUUGAAAAAACAAGUCAAAACGAUAAUAUUAGCUCCGAUGUGUUAUCCGAGAUUCUUUUUCCAAGCUUUGCAAUGCACGAAUGUUACUUUAGCUGUUUCUCCGCAGCCGCGUAGUGGAGAGCAUAUUUCAGUUACCAGUGGUACUCAACUCGCUGUCAAAGUGGAGGGUGUUCUAUCUCACGGCAGUAAACCGAUACUAUUCCGAUCAGCGGACGGCAUAGUAUUGACUGUUACCACUCAAUUGACUGCUCGCUCAAAUGCAGUUCAAGAUUUCAAAAUGAACGAUGGUGGUCCUCCUAUUCUCACACAAACAGUCAAACCGCAUAGGGAUUUCUUUAGAGCUGAAUUUCUGUUGGGAUUUACGUCUGGUGGUCAAUAUCAGGUUGUAGUAGAAGCCGCUAUUAUCGAUAACACAGGCUUCACCUGGCAAAUUGGAGUUCGCAGUGUUCUCAAUAUAAAAGCUCUCGAAGAAACUCAAAGUUCCAGAGGCAGAGCUGCGGUUAAUUGAAUCUGGUUUGUUUAGUUUUACUUAUUUUUACAAUCUGUGAUCUUAUUUUCUCUUUUAGUUUUUUGUAAAAAAAAAAAAAAAAAAAUGUACUGUUCAUGAGCGUUA